AUGUCUGGAAGAGGUAAAGGAGGCAAAGGCCUGGGAAAAGGCGGAGCGAAGCGGCACCGCAAAGUGCUCCGUGAUAACAUCCAGGGCAUCACGAAACCAGCCAUCCGGCGCCUGGCUCGCCGUGGCGGGGUCAAGCGCAUCUCGGGCUUGAUCUACGAGGAGACCCGCGGGGUGCUGAAGGUUUUCCUGGAGAAUGUGAUCCGGGAUGCGGUCACCUACACUGAGCACGCCAAGCGCAAGACGGUCACCGCCAUGGAUGUGGUGUACGCUCUGAAACGCCAGGGCCGCACUCUCUAUGGAUUCGGCGGCUGAGCAUAAAGCGACCCUUUUCCAGCGAACCCAAAGGCUCUUUUCAGAGCCACCCAAAUUCUCCCAAUAGAGCGUGUAGACCUGAGGACGGUGAAGAUAGUGCAUACCGAGAACGUAGUAUAGUGUUGCCGGUUGUUUCAUAUAUGUCGUAACUUUUAAAAUUAUUUCCGUUCCGAAAAUUUACUAACACCGUAUUCUGCGGUAUAGCAGAGAGCAUUCGGAGAGGUCGGUUCACAUUGUUGCUGUUUACCGUGGCGAAUGGCAAGUAUUCCUCUAGUGUAGAUGAGAGGCUAUUCGGCCGAUCGAUAUUCUACUGUUGUGCAACCUGAUUAUUCCAUGUAAAGAAUCGUGACUUGUAAUUGUAAGAUGUAGCAGCAGUAUUCGGCCAUUCUGCCCAUCCAGCUUGUUCUGCCAUUCGAUCAUGGCUGAUAUUUCUCAAAUUUCCCGUACCCUUCUAUCCUCUUUUAUUCGUGAAUACCUGUCCACCUCACUAAUGAUAUCAAUGUGUACUUGGCCAUGCAUGCCAUGAAUGAUUUGUUUUUAUUUCUUGUGAAACCCAGGCAUUAAUGUUACAUAUUACAAUAUUUAUAUUUCCCAGGCAUAACACUCAACUCAGUUUUGUUACUUGGAGCCCGCAGAUGUGUUAUUGGGCGGGU